AUGGGCAACAUCCAGCUAGACUCGACCAGUUUCCCCACUGUGAACGCCAAUCAUGGUGCUGCACCCCCUCCAUGUUCCGCGGUUAAUCCCGACGAAGUCUCAAAGUUAUCAAUGGAAUCGACAACUUCUAGCUCAAUUUCUUUGAGUUCGCGAUCUUCGUCAGCACUCUCUGUGGCUAUGAUGUCUUUACAUUCCUCUGACCGAGAUGAGGAUUGUGAGGUCGUGCCCAAAACAAGCUGGAUACCUCGACAGCUCAGCAACCCUAAGCGCUCGUGGGGUCUACUCCAAAAACCAGUUGUUAUCCCCAUAGUAGAUUUUGCUCGCCCUCUCAAAGUUCCACUGCCUUUCAUGAGAGCAUACAGCCAGGGUCUACGGGCUCACGAAACUUACGAAGAAGACUUCGUCGCAUUUCUGGACAAUUUGACUGUAGCUCAAGGACCGCCUGCUCCUUUGACGAUGCUAAACACGGCCAGUAGCAUUGUAGGGCUCAUACCCAAUCAUUGGGCGCAACUGGCAGGAGGCAUAGCGAAUGUGACUGCUGGGCUGGGGACAGCUGCCAUACGAAUAAUUCGGACGAAGAUAUUCUUGGACGAAGCCAACCGUGACUAUUUCGAGCCUAGGGGCCUCAGAGCGUCGAUAUGUAAAUCCAAAAGUCUGGCUGCCAAGUUGGGCUGUGGUGAGCAGCUCCCCGAGCUCUCACUCAUCACACCAGAGACAUAUGAAAUGAGUUUACAAGACCGCCGAAUGCGGACUCUUGAGCCAUACAUCGCUCCUCUCACCUUUGAAGUUCCACCUCCCAGCAGAGAGCGAAACCUUGUUGACAGAAUGACCGAAAAACAAAUUGAGCGGGCGGUCAAGAAAAAUGACAAGCAGAGGGAAAAGAAACAAGGCAAAGUCAGAGAAAGCCACCAAGACCAGCCGCGCGAUGAAUCUAAAUAUGUUGAAAACUUAGAUGGCAGCAUCAAUGACAAAAAGGUACUGAAGAUGGAAGAGCGGUACAACAAAAGCCAACGAAAGAUGGAAAAGGCCGAGAGGAAGGCGACCGAGGAGGUAAAAGGGAUAGGGCCAUUGGAUUCCAAAGAAAUUAAGAGGAAGGAAGAGAAGAAAAUUAGGAAAGCCGAGAAAAAGUGUCAGAGACUGGACGGGCACGAGGAAAAGGCUAUUUCAAAAGCUGCAGAGAAAAGGAACAAGAGUCAUGAAAAAGACAAGAAGAAGGCAGGGAAGAUUGAGUUUUUAUUGAUAGAGUCUUGGACGGAUUAUAAUGAUUGA